UCUUUUAUCGAGGAGGAGAUAAAUAAAACGUCGAUAGGUUUCUUUCUCUGCAUAAAAGAUGAAGCAGAGAAACUAUUUGAUCAAGUCAGUCGUCGUCACUCUCCCAGCUUUUAUCGUGAUUUAUGCAUCAUGCACAUAUCUACAAACUGAUUUGCUUCACAUCUUUUUAAACUAGCAAAAACAACUACUGUUCAUAUUUGUUUUAGUACCCAUAAUUAUUAAUACACCUAUACAAGGGGUGGCUACUUAUCUCAUCAUCAUCUUCUAUGUGGUGUGUUUGAAUUUGAGAGAGAUUUCAGAGAGAGAGAGAGAGAGAGAGAGCUGGUGAUAGAUGGAGGACAACUACAAUGGUGAUGAUGAUCAGAAUAAGGGUAUUGUUAGGGUGUGCACAGAAUCACAAUCAGAUGAAGGUGAUGUUGUUGGUGAGGAGUUAGAGCAGGAGGUUCUAAAAAGGACGAUCUCAGGCCAUCCACUGUAUGGGCUGUUGAUGGAGAAUCACAUCAACUGUUUGAAGGUGGGUUUGGGUGAAAAUAUUGGAGAAAUUGGAGUCACAAGUAUUGAAAAGGACAAGCUCAAGGCCGCUGCCAUUCCCACUUCUUCAGACCUUGAUCAAUUCAUGGAAGCAUACUGCGACGCCCUAAACAAGCUUAAAGAAGCCAUUGAGGAUCCUAUAAAAGAAACGACAUCUUUCAUCACUGAUAUGUAUGCUCAACUCGAGGAUCUCAGUGCCUCCAAAAAACCUCAUUAACCCGUACACCUCAACUUGAGGAACUGCGUGCGUGGCUACA